AUGGCGUCGGCACCGUGGGACCGCGUCCCCAGCGAGAACACCCUUUUCGUGCUGGUCACCGGAGGCAACAGCGGCAUCGGUUUCGGUAUCUGCCAGCGCGUAAUCGACGAGUACCUCACGACACGCUCCCUCUCCUCGCACAUCGUCGUGAUCCCGACCACGCGCAGCGCUAAGAAGUCUCGGGAGACCAUCUCCCUGCUACGCCAACAUGUCCGCAAGUUCGCAACCACUUCCCCCAGCUCUACGCUCCCGCGCCGCGUCCAGGUCGACCUCUGCAACCUGCCCAGUAUCCGUCGCGCCGCGAAUCAGCUCAUCUCAGGGACGCUGAGCACGCCGAGCGAUCUGCCCAACGAAGAUAACGCCUUCGAGACGCUGGUCGAUGUGCGCAUCCCGCGGCUGGACUCGGUCAUCUUCAAUGCCGGCAUCGGCGGCUGUGCAACCACCUGGCCCGAGUUCAAGGGCGCGCUGGCCGGUCACGUAAUCGACCCCAUUACAGGCAAAAAGGGCGUCGGUAGCGGCGACGUACCACAGAUGGGAGAGGUGUUCUGCGCGAAUGUCUUCGGCCACUACGUGUUUGCGCACCGACUGGCCCCAUUGCUCUCCCGACCGGCGGCCAACGACACCAGCGAGAACGCGGCAAUCCUCCCCCCCGGCCGCAUAAUCUGGGAAACCAGCAUCGAGCCAGACGGAUCCCAUUUCUCCCCCUCCGACAUCCAAGCCACCAAAACAAAAGCUGCCUACGAAAGCACUAAGCGCUUAACCGACCUCCUCGCGCUAACAUCCACCCUCCCCGGGUCCCGCCCCUACGUCGAAAGUUACCUCACCCCGGACUCCACCAAAUCCUCAGAAAAACCCGCACAACUCCCUAAGAUCUACCUCGUCCAUCCAGGCGUCGUGCAAACCACGCUCUUCCCUCUCAAUGCCUUCAUGUACUUCUGGUACAUGGUAGUCCUCUACCUAACCCGCUGGCUUGGGUCCCCCUGGCAUCCCAUCACCGCCUACAAGGGUGCCUGUGCCCCAGCGUGGCUGGCCCUGCAGCAGCAGGAAUGGCUCGAUUCGGCUGGCGCUGAGCGCAUAAAGUGGGGUAGUAGCACCGACUUCUGGGGCGAGUGCCGGGUGAAGAAGACAGAGGUUGACGGCUGGGGAUGGGAGGGCAAAGUUGAGGAUAUUAAGGCUUUAAGGCAAGAGGAGAGGUGGAAGGGUCGAAAGCCUGGGGCGAAGGAUGCCACGGAGGAGAGUUUGGCGGAGUUCAAGGCCCUCGGGGCAGAGUGCUGGAAGAGAAUGGAGGAAUUGCGGAAGGAGUGGGAAGAGAGAGUGGAUGAGUACUUGGCGAAGCAGGGGGAGAAGGCGUGA